GAAGAAUGUAUGAAGGUUACAAAGAUCGUGACAUACACACAUGAGUAUCAUACAAAAUCAUUCUUGUACGUGAAUAAAGUGUACUAAAUUGUUCAAAUGUUCUGGACAGUACUACUAACUGUUAAAUGAAUUGCAAAACUUGUCAAAUGCACUGUAUAAAUACAGAUUGUUGAUAUUCAAAGAAUCUGAUAAACAUUUAACAGCUUCUAAUUGUGACUUUAAAAUAUGCCUUCGGUUUCAUUUGCUUCAGAUACACAAAAUACAAAUCCAGGGGGGAUGGACACUAAUGCACGUAAACCACCAGCCCUAACUGGCUAUCAAGUAGACCGCGAAAAUGAAAGAUCAGGAAAUGUUUCAGAUCAUGCUAAUGAAUCAACCCAGUUGCGUGUUCCAGCUUCAAUGCCAACAUUGGCGCGUGGAUUUUCGCUUGUCCCUGAACGUCUGGGCAAAAGAGGAUCCUAUAAACGUCAAGGCAACAAAGGAAUGUUUGGUUGUGAGGCUGCGAUGCAGCUUUUAGCUUAUCUAGCUGCACUGUUAACCUUACCAUUUUCCCUAUUUAUGUGUCUCAAAGUGAUUGCACAAUAUGAACGAGCUGUCGUAUUUCGCCUUGGAAGAUUAGUAUCAGAAAUUCCUAAAGGACCCGGUCUUGUAUUCAUUUUACCUUGUUUGGACAAUGUCAAAACAAUAGACUUACGUACAUUCACAUUCAAUGUACCAACUCAAGAGGUUUUAACAAAAGAUUCAGUGACUGUCGCUGUCGAUGCUGUUGUCUACUAUCGCAUAUUCGAUCCAGUGAUGUCAGUUGUCAACGUGGAAGAUGCUAAUCGAUCCACUCGUCUUCUAGCUCAGACUACAUUAAGAAAUGUCCUUGGUACAGUGGAUUUGUACCAACUUCUAACAGCGCGUGAACAAAUUGCUCAUUUAAUGCAAGAUUGUCUAGAUACAGCAACAGAGACAUGGGGAGUAAAGGUUGAACGUGUUGAUAUAAAAGAUGUUCGUUUACCUAUUCAGUUACAGCGUGCUAUGGCAGCUGAAGCAGAGGCAGCUCGAGAGGCCAAAGCUAAAGUAAUUGCUGCUGAAGGUGAACAACGUGCAUCAGUAGCUUUAAAAGCUGCUGCUAUGGAAAUUGGUGAAUGUCCCAUCGCGCUUCAAUUACGUUAUUUACAAACAUUAAGCAGUAUUUCAGAUGAGAAAAAUUCUACCAUCAUUUUCCCCCUACCUAUUGACCUAUUGAGUUUAUUCCAUCAAAAUUUCAGUGGAAAUAAUGGAAGUUCAACUUCUAGAAAUGAUAGUGUACUAAGUACUAUAGGUAAUGAUGAAAUUAAACGUAUGACAGAACCCCCUCCCCCACCACCAAGAGAAAAUCAAUCACAACUAACCACUUCACGUACAUUUACCACCAGUCAAAAAACUGAAUCUGCUGAAGAAGAUUUAAUUUAAUAAAUAACUAAUCGAAAUAUUCUAACACAUAUACAUCAUAAAUAUCAAUUUAAAUUAAAGGAAAAUCAUUCAAUUGUUGACAUUCUAAUUAUCACCAUAAAGAAAAUUUAGUUUAUUCCAAGUUAAUAUUCAUUUCUUUCCUUCCAAUUUAUCUCAUGUAUGUUCAUUAAAAUAAAAAAAGUGAUAACAAACAAUAAUUCAUAAUUUCUUUCAAAUUCAGAUAAAUGAAGAAUAAUUAUAUUUGGAUUUAAUUAUGAAAUACAUCGAUACAAGUAUAAGAUCAUUAUAAAUGAUAAUUUAUAAAGUGAAAUAAUAGUCAAUUAAUUAUUUUCAACUUUUAAUUCAUUGAAAUAUAGCAUAAAGAGAAUCUCUUUUCUCCCCCCUUCUCUCUAUUUUAAUCUCUCCCAUUGAUUCUUCACAUUUUUUUCCUUUCUUUUUUGUUAGUAACUUGUGUAAUUGCCAUAGUAACUAACUCAUCUAAUGAAUACUAUCUUCUUCUUUAUUUGUUUAAUUUGUAAGUAUCUAUGUGUUAAAUAACAAAUGGAAAAAACAUUCUCAUAAACUAGUUCGUUCUAUUUGUUUGUUUUUUCUUUUUCUUUUCCUUUAUAUUAAAUGAUAAUUAAAAUCAUUCGAUAAAUUAUAUUGAUCCAUCCAAAUGUAUCAUUUGUCUUGUUUUUUUCUUUCCUUUUACAUUUCUCUUUAUAUAUCCGGAUAGUGAUUUUCUACCAUUUUAUUUUAGUGAACUAUUGUUGAUUUAUAUGUCUUUAUAUAUCGUUCAUUGGUAAGUAAAUUAUUGAUUGUUAUAUUUUUCAUUAUAAUUUCAUUAUUAAUAGGAUAAUGGUACAUAAGACAUUGUAUUCCAUUUCAUUAUAUUAGAUCUUUGCGAUGUUCAAUUUUUACAACAUUCUUUUUUCUAAAAAAAACAAAACAAAAUGUUUUAAACCAUUUGCCCAGAAUAGAAAAAGUAAUAAUCAUCAUUAUAAGUAAUAUCUAUAUGUCUAUAUACGAAUAGAAGUAGAUAUUCCAAUUGAAAUUCAACAUUGUUUAAAUGAUCAUUGAAAAGUAAUUGUACAUGAUUCAAUCAUUUCAUUUGUUUUCUUCUCCUUCUUCUUCUCAUAUUUACUGAAUGAAUAUUGUGCAAAAUAGUACUGAAAAGAAUUCUGACAUAAUAAAGAAAAUAAUGUCAAUGUAUUUACUAAAUUGUAUAUCAAUAAUAUAUACAUAUACAUAUAUAUAUGGAUUAGAAAUGAAUUUAUCUGUUAUAUUUGUUUUAAUGAAAUAGAUUUGCGAUACCUAACAUUAAUGAACAAACUAAAGUGCUGUAGGGCCAGCGAAAUGUCACUAAGCCCUAGCCAAAUCAUCCGGCAG